AUGAAUCAUACCUACGAAACCCAAUGGGUGACCGCGGAGAAACAAGUCCCGUCACCGAUCUCGUUGAUGGCAGACAUCAAAUCAGCAAUCGAGCUUGAGAAGAAGGUGACCCGGGCUGGGGGGCGGCAGGCCUUGCGGGAUCUUCUCCAAAAGACUGUGGCAGAGUACAAUCGCCUGUGCACCAAUCGGCUCAGAAUCCCUGAAGAUGCACUUCGUCUGCUGCACGCCCAUUACGACUUUUGUCGAAAGGCAUCCAAGGAGGCAACAUCGAAAGCCAAGGCACAGGGCCAAGCAGUACAUGACUACGUGGCCACCCACCAAGACCGCAGCCGCAAUGCUCUGGCAAAGAGUGUUCAAGCGGCCUUCAACUCGUGGUGCGAGGAUCUCAAGGCCGAUCAGGCGCAAUUUGUCUCGGAGAAGCUCUUGGCAGAGAAAGAAGCUGCCAAAGUACGCACAAAGCUGGUCCAACAGCUGGAGGACUGCCACUCGCGAGCUUGGGCUGCCGUCGGAACCUUCCUGAAGGAGAACAUGACGAUCUUUGGGGGCAAGAUGGUAGAUUCGGAAUCAACCACCAUGCCUCAGGUGCGUCAGUGGGCGCGCGGUGCAGCCACUGAACUGGGGGGAGCUCCCGACGAUCACUGUGUGAUCCUCAUGAUCAACUGUCCCGGUGCAGGGAUCCUCGGGGCGAAUGCCAAAUCUUUCCUGAUUAGCUUUAUCACAAACUGCCUGGCAGAUUUUCCUGACAACUCUCUUGCCUUGCUGGUUCACCCGAACAGGGCCAAUGGACAGGAGUGCAGGACAGGUCCAGCGGGAGCCAAGGCAGAGGACGGUGAGAUGGAAGAUGGAAUCAAAGAGGAGGUGAAAAAAAAUGAGUCGGAUGAUGAAGAUGAAGAUGAACCAACCAAAUCUAGGAAAGAUGGAGAAGAAGUUCAGGUCCGCGAUGUUCAGUACAAGCUGGAGAAAGAUCUGAGCAUGAAAGAGCGGCAGCUGAGGAUCAGACCCAUCACUUGGGUUUUUGUCGCUGCGGGCACUGACUUCGUUAGAAAGUCCAUGGAGGCAUUCAGGCCGGCCACUGUCAAGGCAACUAUUUUGAUAGAUGUUUUGGCUUACGAUGCCUCGCCUGCUUUGGCGACGCUGGAAGAACACAGCGAUGGGCGGCACAUUGCCUGUGCUUCAAUUGCUCUGGACAGUUCGGGCCAGGAUCUUAUGAACAGGAUCUCAAACCGAACCUACGAACAGUGCAGGGCCGGCAAGCUUGUUUUGCCGAGCUUCCCGGACUUUGCCCCGCACAUCGCGGCCUUAAAGGAUGAAAAGGGAUUUGAACAGAACAAAACAUACCGAGUGACAUGCCAGGUUCAUGACAAAUUGCUGUUGCUAGAAUCGCUGGCCCGAAAAUGGCUUGAAGAUGAGGGGACAUGUGAAGAGGCGAAGAGAAUGGUGAAAGCACACAACGAUGAAUACAAUCCAGAAGGGAAUCUGAUGACUGACAGGCCAAGGGGCAGCGAUGCCGAUGAUGGCGAGGUCAAAGAGCCACCUGCCAAGAAGAUCAAAGUGGAGAAAAUCGCUGGCGAGGAUGUUUCCAAGCUUCCGAAUCCGAAGGUCAUUCAGCUGAACAACACCUGCGAUCUCAUUGUUUGCGGCGAUUCUGGCGAGCACUUGUUCGUCACAUCGCGUGGCACGAACCAGUUCUUUGACAAGCGAGAGAUGUUCAGCUAUGGGGGAGGAGAGUGGAGGGAUGGAGCAGCACCUUGCCUAGAUACAAAUUGUUGA